GUGGACAGAAGAUACAACCAUUACUGUGACCAGAUGCAGAUGGUGGUGAACUCCUUCGACUCCGUGAUGGGCUUUGGGGCUGCGACACCAUACACCGCGCUUGCCCAGAAGGCCAUGUCGCGGCACUUCCGGUGUCUCAAGGAUGCGAUCGCUGUACAACUGAAGCAGACAUGCGAGCUCCUUGGCGACAAGGAAGCGGGAAGCGGCUCAGGCCUGACCAAGGGGGAGACCCCAAGGCUUCGGUUCAUAGACCAAACCCUGCGGCAGCAAAGAGCUUUCCACCAGAUGGGUAUGAUGGAACAGGAGGCUUGGAGGCCUCAGCGCGGCCUUCCCGAACGCUCAGUGAAUAUUCUGAGAGCUUGGCUUUUUGAGCAUUUCCUUCACCCGUACCCAAGUGAUGCAGAUAAGCAUCUGUUGGCAAGGCAGACAGGUUUAUCCAGAAAUCAGGUCUCCAAUUGGUUCAUUAAUGCUAGAGUCAGACUAUGGAAGCCCAUGGUGGAGGAGAUGUACCAACAAGAAGCCAAGGAGGACUCAGAGGAGAGAGAGACGAGUGAGGCAGGCCAUCAAGAAGCACAGUCACCAGCACAGCAGCAGCAGCAGCAGCAGCAUCAGCAGCCACAAGGCCAGAAACCGGACACCAAUGCGCCAUCCGAAAUGGACCCCUCUCUGGCCCCACCUUCCACCAGCCGGCACCACCACCACCUGCUGGCCACCUCCUCCUCCUCCGCGGACAACCCGCCACCAGCGGCGGUGGGUCAUCCAUCCACUGGUGGUGCAGGAGGAGGAGGUGACAAUGCCCCCCUCGUCGGCAUCGACGCACCGGAGCUCUGCAGGCCCGACGUGCAUAUGGGGCCCACCAACGACAUGUACCGCUACGGGGCCACCUCCGCCGCCACCUUGGGGCCUGCCGCACAGAUGAGGUUCGGGACUGCCGGCGAUGUGUCGCUCACUCUCGGGCUGCGGCAUGCUGGAGGAAAUGCGGCAGAGAAGGGCCGGUUCUCGGUCAGGGACUUCAGUGGCUAAUGUUAGGGUGGAGUAGAAGGUUGAAGAAAGAAAGAAUUAAAGGAAACGCAAGAUUAAUGA